CGUUUUCCCUUACAUCAGCCGCUUCCUUUCUACUUUUCUCGUUAACCGCAAACAAAAAUGGUUUCAGAGUCGGACCUCGUGACUCGACUCCGAGAGAUUCUCAGUAGCUCCGACCUCGAGACGACGACUCCGGCGACCGUCCGUCGUCAACUGGAGGCGGAUUUCGGCGUCGAAUUGACGGAGAAGAAGGCGUUCAUCAGAGAUCAAAUCGAUGCUUUCCUCGAGAGCAAUGGCGGAGUAGGAGAAAACCCAGUUAGCCCGAAGGCUGAAGAAGAUGCCGAUGAAGAAGACGACGGCGAUGAAGAGAAGGAAGAAAGGCCAGUAAAGGCAAAGAAACGAGGAGGUGGUGGGUUUGCCAAAGUAUGUCAGCUUUCUCCACAGCUUGAGAAGUUUAUUGGAACCUCUCAGUUAGCUCGCACUGAGGUUGUGAAGAAAAUGUGGGCUUAUAUCAAAGAGAAAGACUUGCAAGACCCAAAGGAUAGAAGGAAGAUACUGUGUGAUGAGUCGCUUCAUUCCUUGUUCCAUGUUAAGGCCAUUAACAUGUUUCAAAUGAACAAGGCGUUAGCCAAGCAUAUUUGGCCAUUGGGUGAUGGUGGAGAUGGGUGUGUAACCAGUUUGAAAGAAGAAGAUGAAGCUGAUGCAUCAGGGGAAAGAGACGAGAAGGGGGGAAAAGCCGAAGAAAUGGAAGAGGAUAAUGAAGAAGAAAGUGAAGAAGAAGUCAGGAAUUUGCGUAAACGCAAGAGAAAGAAGCCAGCCAAGUCUGAGGAGAAACCCAAGAGGAAAGGAGGAGGUGGGUUUGCUAAAGUUUGCAGCCUCUCGCCAGAGCUUCAGGCUUUCACUGGGAUGACGAAAUUAGCCAGGACAGAGGUUGUGAAAAUGCUUUGGAAGUACAUAAAAGAGAACAAUCUGCAAGAUCCCAAGGAUGGACGCACAAUUAUCUGUGAUGAAUCAUUGAGAUCUCUGUUCCCUCUCGAGUCCAUCAAUAUGUUUCAAAUGAAUAAACAUCUAAGCAAGCACAUAUGGCCUUUAGAGGAUAAUGCAGGAGAAUCAGGUGGCUCUAGCUCUCCAAAAAAUGGAAAGCUAAAAAUGGAAACAGAGGACGGAGACACAGAGAGUGAUGAACUAAACGAGAAUGAUGAAAAGCCAAAGAAGGAAGGGUGUGGUCUUCUUGCUCCCCUUCCACUCUCAGAUGCUCUUAUCAAGUUCUUGGGGGAUGGAGAAAGCUCGUUUUCGAGGGCAGAUGUGGUAAAGAGAUUGUGGGAGUACAUAGAACAGAAUGAUCUUCAGGAUCCUUCUGACAAGAAGAGAAUCAUAUGCGAUGAGAAGCUGAAAGAACUCUUUGAAGUUGAUUCGUUCGAAGACAUAUCAGUCUCAAAACUCCUGACCAGCCACUACAUCAAGAUCGAACAAUGACUUUGAAGCCUCUUUCAAAAGCGGAUGGUUUCCUGUGGAAGCUUUUAUUCGGAACAGUAGAGGUCGGUUCAGGACUUUAAAUACCGCAAAGCCAGUCAAAAGACUAAAAAGGUAUUGCGGCAUUUUGAGACUUGGAAGCAUGUGUUUUCUGAAUUUGCUUGCAAGUGCAUCCUUUUGAAGUGAUCUCAAUAUGUUGUCUUUUUGGUAUAUAGUGACAAAACUAGAACCGAUAUGUUUUGAGACCAAACUAAUUGUUUUAAUCAUUUCCUUUUUUAUCAUUGUAGACAAUAAAAGUACCAAAAACAGGAAUCACAUCACUUUUGUCUUAAUGAUACAAAGCAUUAUUAUCGUUGUUGUAGCCGUUUCUGCAUUUUCUUAGUGCAUUUUGUUUUGCUUGCAUCUGUUCACAAGGAUUUGUCCUUUGAAGCUGAUAUAAAAUAUGCUUAGCGUUUGGUUAAGAUCCAUUAUAUAGCGGUUCAUAGCGUUCUUGUUUAAGAUCAAUUAUAUAGUAAAAGUGUUCUAUGUAAGGUAAGGAUUAGUUUUCAUCAAAUCUUUCAAAGAAUUAACGAUGACAUAUUAUAUAUGAAUCUAUAAACAAGAAAUCAUAAUGGCUUUCUUCUAUAAUAUUCUGCAGCGCAAAGACUAGCUGAUCUAUAACUUACUCAUUCACUAAAGAGUCUUAAAACAUAAUUACACCAAAUGGUCCGUCCACAAGAAUGUUUUUUUUUACCAAUCCACAAGAAUGUUGUUCGCGAGUUUAGUAGCUUUUGUACAAUAUAUUUAACUCAUUGAAUACAUAUAUAUCUUCAUUUUGUCAAAAAUGGUAAACUAUUUAUGAUUCGAUUCGUUUUUUCAAAGGGUUGAGAUUUGAUUAGGUAAAAAAGGAAAUAAUAUUUUUUUUUUAACACUAAAGAUUUUAUUAACAUAAAAACCAAAGUACAUAACCUGAUACAAGGACGAGAUACAAAGCUGGCGAGCUUGAAAGCUCCCAGAAAGUAGCCAGCGGAUAACAGAUAAAUCCCCGGAAACAAAAUAGAACAUCACUAGAAAAACAAACAUACAUACACAAAUCCAAGUAGUUCUAACAACAAAACACC